AUGAUUCAUCAAAAUCUAGCCUUUGGUAAUUUAAUAACUUCUAAUCAAUUGGAAAGGCUUGUAAAACAACAGAAAAUAUUACUCAAAUCUCCACAAGAGAAGAAUGAAAAAAAAAUAAAACCUAAGAAAUUAUUCCGAUCAACGAGUUUCAAGACUGAACAACAUGCAUUAUUAUUGUCAACACCUAAAAAUAGAUCAACUAAGAGUCCUAUGCUAUUGAAACCACCAAUUGAAAAGAAUGCUCUAAAGAGACUCCCUUCUAAACCUAAUCCAUUUGACACAUUGGGCAAGAGCGAAAAAUCAAUUACCAGUACUCAAAGAAGAAGCAGUGCUCCAUUUAUGAAAAUCGCCAGAAGAUGGAGUUAUUAUGAAACUAUGAGUGAAAAAUAAAGACGUCUUAAUAAUAAGGCACCUAAAACUACCAUAAAAUAACACUAUAUAACUGCAGAAAAAGCUAAAAAGAAAAAGCUUAAUCGAUUAAGAUGGCAAUAUAAAUUCAUAAGUAGACUACAAAAAAAUAAACUUAAGAAGCUUCGAAGUAAAACACUCCCUUUGGCUCCAUUCAUUAGAAUGAGACAUACUAGAGCCAAAACAGUGGCUGAAGAAUAACAUCAAGGCCCUAUAUUAAAUUUGGAAGAAUCAUUAAAAAGAAAGAUUGACAUUCUUGUAAUGUAGAGAAAGAGUGCAAUGAGAAGACAUACAUGCUUUUAAAUGCCUAAAAAAAGUGUAUUAGUUUCUAAAGAAAAAUUAAUAAAUUACUAAAAAUAGAUUUCUGAAUACUUAGUCAAAUCGCAAUAAGAAUCAGUUGAAUUUUCUCCUGCUUUGGAUUAAAUUCGAGCAUAUCAAAAAAGAGUGAACUUUACUGAUAGAAAACAAUCCUUAAAAAUAAUCUAGCAAAAAAAGAAGAGCUUUGUAUCAGAAAUGAUUAAAAAACAAUCACAUAGUAUCAUCACGUCUUAUAUAUCAAAUAAGGCUGUAACUUUGAAUUCAGAACAUUAAUCACUUUCAUAUACCCCAUUAAAUUAGUUGAUUUAAAAAAAGUCACACACAAUUCAUGAAAAAAUUGUAAAUAAUUAAUCUUGGUCAGAUAAAACUUUGAUAAAAAGAAGACCAAAUUUAUUAAUCAAAUUAUAACCUUAUUUAUCUAAAUAAGUAGUUGUUAAAUGA